CAUUCCCUUUGACUUAUCGCUCUGUCUAAAGUUAGCAGAUAAAACGCGUUCCGUUCAACAAGCCAAUACACUCGAACGAACGUUUAAAGAACGUAAAAAGAACGCAAAACGAACCACAGGCGAGGCCAAAGAAAUCCCGACGCUCCCUAACACGAGCCAUCUGUCCGUAAACCCCGCCCGCGUUUCGCUUAUGAACAGCAGACAGCGGGGCGCCUGGAAACAGGUUUGAACAGCUCACAGAAACUCUGACUCUACACAGCGCGACUCUUUAUUCGUGUCAGGCAUUUGUGUGGUUUUCUUCUCUUCGCUCGUUUCGUGAUCCGCGGAGCCGCGUCUGGGGCGCCGCCGCACUUUCCGAAAAGUUUGACCGGAGUAAAAGCCCGUUUGACAGGAUAAAUCAACAAAGAGAGGAAGAGCGCUGGCGCAAAAGGAGACAAACCGCAGAAGGAAAGUAUGGCCGCGCGCGAUGCAUCCGCGCUCUUCCUGCUAGCCUUUGGAAUACUGGGAGCGAGCGCGCAGUACGGAGACCGCGGCAUGUCGGUUCCCGAGCACGGCUUCUGCCAGCCCAUCUCCAUCCCUCUGUGCACGGACAUCGCGUACAACGAGACCAUCAUGCCCAACCUUCUCGGCCACACGAACCAGGAGGACGCGGGGCUGGAGGUGCACCAGUUCUACCCGCUCGUCAAAGUGCAAUGCUCGCCGGACCUCAAGUUCUUCCUGUGCUCCAUGUACGCGCCGGUGUGCACGGUGCUGGAGCAAGCGCUGCCGCCGUGCCGCUCGCUGUGCGAGCGCGCGCGUCAGGGCUGCGAGGCGCUCAUGAACAAAUUCGGCUUCCAGUGGCCAGAGAGCCUCGCGUGCGAAUCGUUCCCGGUGCACGGCGGAGAGCUGUGCGUGGGUCAGAACACGUCGAGCGCGCCCGUCAACCCGACGCCAGAUGUGACACAAGCGACACCCGACCACGUCCCAAAGGGGCGUUUUAAAUGCCCAGCGUCGCUCAAAGUGCCGCCGUACCUCAACUACCGCUUUCUGGGCGAGGAGAACUGCGGCGCGCCGUGCGAACCCAAAAAGCUCCACGGGAUGAUGUACUUCAGCGAGGACGAGCAGAAGUUCGCGAGGAUUUGGAUUGGGAUUUGGUCGGUUUUGUGCUGCGCGUCCACUUUGUUCACCGUCCUGACUUAUUUGGUGGACAUGAAGCGCUUUAGUUACCCGGAGAGACCCAUCAUAUUCCUUUCCGGGUGUUACACGAUGGUGUCCAUCGCGUACAUCGCCGGAUUUCUGCUGGAAGACAAAGUGGUUUGCAACGAGCAGUUCGAGAAUGAGUUCCGGACGGUGGUGCAGGGCACCAAAAAAGAAGGGUGCACCAUUCUGUUCAUGAUGCUGUACUUCUUCAGCAUGUCCAGCUCCAUCUGGUGGGUCAUUCUGGCGCUCACCUGGUUCCUCGCGGCCGGGAUGAAAUGGGGCCACGAGGCCAUCGAGGCGAACUCGCAGUACUUCCACCUGGCGGCGUGGGCAGUGCCGGCCAUCAAGACCAUCACCAUCCUGGCGGUGGGUCAAGUGGAUGGAGACGUCCUGAGCGGCGUCUGCUUCGUGGGCAUCAACAGCGUGGACGCGCUCCGCGGCUUCGUCCUCGCGCCCCUCUUCGUCUACCUGUUCAUCGGCACCUCGUUCCUCCUGGCGGGGUUCGUGUCUCUGUUCCGCAUCAGGACUAUCAUGAAGCACGACGGCACCAAGACGGAGAAGCUGGAGAAGCUGAUGGUGCGCAUCGGCAUCUUCAGCGUCCUGUACACGGUUCCGGCCACCAUCGUGAUCGCGUGUUACUUCUACGAACAGGCCUUUCGCGCGCAGUGGGAACAAACCUGGAGCGCGCAGUCGUGCAAGACGUACGCGGUGCCGUGUCCCGCGCACAACCCGCAAAUAAACCCGGAUUUCACGGUGUUUAUGAUCAAGUACCUGAUGACCCUGAUUGUGGGAAUCACGUCUGGAUUCUGGAUAUGGUCUGGAAAGACGCUGAAUUCAUGGAGAAAGUUCUACACGAGACUGGCAAACAGCAAACAUGGAGAAACAACAGUGUGACGAACUGCUUUUUUAUCCUUCACUUUUUUUUUUUCCUGUUUAAAGAGAUGUACAUAAACAUUGUGAUUUUUUUUGUAAGUAUAUAUUUGUAUUUAAAUCACACUUGGAUGUUCUUUUUUUAAUCAAAGGAACUUUUUUUGGACAGCCCGUAUUGUUUUGGAGAUUAUUUAUGCCUUUUCUCUCUUGGAAUACUCUGGGUGGGGAUCUGCUUUUUAAGCCUGUAUGUAAAACUGUGUCUUUUUUAAUCGACAUCAGUAUUUCCAUGGGCAAAUAUUCAAACUGCUUUUUACAUGCAAAUAAUGCAGAAAUAAUAAUAAUGUGUGUGAAUUGUGCACCCAGCACUUAUGGCCGCAUAUCAUGGAAAGAAUUGAGCUUUAAAUUAAAGCUUUGUGACUGAGAUUUGUCUGGGUGCAGAUGAAUUAUAGUACUGGAAUGUUUUAUGGAGGCCGAGAACAAAAACGGCAAGUGAUCCGUGCUGGAAAAACUGCUUAACCCAGCGUGAACUGGUUUGCUGGUCUCCCAAUCUGGUCUGGCUCGGACAGCAGCAAUCUCAGGCUGUUUUCAAAUGUUUUUAAGAUGUAAAGUUAAGUGCCUUUUUCAUUUUGGAGCAGCAUUGGGCUCAGGCCUGCACUUUUGUUUAACUCAAACAAAUGUAUACAUGUGUUUCUUCAGUCUGUAAUGAUAUUUCAGAAGGUUUUUUGUUCUCCUAUGGCUCUUUUGCACAGAAGUACCUCUAAACAUACAGCUAGAACGGGAUGGACGGUGUUUGCAAUGCACUUCUCAAAUAGUUUAAUGUCUGUGUUGGUAUCGUAACUAAUCCAUGAAAAUGAUGUGAAAAAUGGCAUGCCGACUUUCUGGUGCAUACGUGUUGGGAUAAACCGAUAAAUCGGCCGAUAUUUGGCUCUUUUUGAGAUGGUCAGCAGCGAUAAUCGUGUCCGCUCGUCCUGUUUGUCAUUUCCAAAAUCUAACGACAGGCCUGCUGAUGGAUAAUGCGAUUUGCUUUUCAUAUUUUUGAGUAAUGCUGCAUUCGAUUUCUGGUUAUCGGUAUCAGCAUCAGCCAUUAAAAAUCCCACGUCGAUCAAGCACUACAUAGUAAUUCACAUAAACUUUUCAUAAUUCUUCUGGGUUUGUCGUGUCAUCAUGUGCUUUUUUUUUUUAAAUGCCUUUUACUGACCAUCGGAAAAUGUUGAUUCUUGAUUGUUUAUGACAAAUAUCUCAAAUGCAAAUGAAUGUUUUUUGUUUUUCCAAAGGAAAAUGCACAUGUUGAUUGCGGAAAGCACUGGCAGAUAGAGGCCUGCUCUGUUGAGAUGCAUCAUGCAUGAAUCUGACAUGUAUUUAAACAAGCUAGCAUUACAGUUUUCUACACCGGUGACGUCUCUUAUUUUCUUCUUUCUCAUACUUCUGCUUGUGAUACUAUCAAAAACCCUUUAUAUUUAUAGACAAUAGUUUAUAUUAUUCCGUUCUUUAAAGAAUAAACUUCUCAUUUGUACAAAACGUU